AUGAAUUUGGAAGAAUUUUUGGAGUUUUUGGAGGAAUCAGAUGAUGAUGUUGAUACAAAUCCAAACAACCAGAACAAAGAAUCGAAUAAUAACGAACAUCUGAGUAAAGAAAUUGAUUAUAAUGAAAUAUACAACAAACUAGUUCAUGAAGAAUUAUCAAAUGAUUCUGAUUCCCUCGACCUCAAUGAUUCUUCAACCUCAAACAACCAAUUAAACAAAGAUAAAAUAACAAAUAGGUCAGAGGAACCCUCAGGCCUGCUAACUGAUGAAAGUUUUAGCAGUGAUUUCAUAUCAUCCUUACCGAUAGAUAAUUCUAUCAACUCAUCGGAAGGUAAGGCCACUUCUAAAUUUGAAGAUAAUUUUGAUUUGACUGAGUCGGUUAAUAUCGCAAAAGAAGAAAAACUAGAAUCUACUGCAAAAUUAAAUAAGGACGAUGAAAAUAUUUGCCAAUGUAAAAUAGAUAAUCAAUUAGUGAAUUACUCCACUAAAAAUUGUGGAGAACUCUUUAACGCAGUAGAACAUUGCGUACAAAUGCAACUCUCAGAAUGGGAUAACAAACACAAACUAUAUUUAAUUAAUAAAUUAAGAGAAUAUAGAAAUAAAUUCAAAACCAACUACGAAGAAACACAUAAAUUCAAUAAUACCGAUGAUUCAAGUCCACUGGAAAAACUGAUCCCAGAUAUCUCUAAAGAUUAUUUGAAGGCAUUAUCCCUACCAUCUAACACCAUAAUUGAAGAUUUACAUAAUAAUAGACUUAGCAUAAGAUGUAGACAUAAGCUUACCAAACCACUGGAGCUGUUAAAGAUUUUUGAAGACAGGUUUUAUUCAAUUGAUGAUUCUUCAAUAAAUCUUCCAACAAAAUCAUCAGGGAAAAUAUUAACACCAACAUGUAUGUGCACAAGCAGUGAUUUAAUUGUAUUCGGAACUAUGUGCGGAUCAGUCUUCAUCUCUGAGUUCUCACUCUACAACUCAGAACGUAAGUUUUGCUCUUACAACGAAUACGAUGGAUUGGACUCCUCAAUAGACCCACUUAACUGGUAUGAAAUCGAUUCAGAGAAGGGAGUGUCAGUAACAUCACUUGAUAUCCUACCAAAUACAAGCUGGAUCACAGUAGGAUACAGUGAUGGAACAGUCAAACUACUCCAGAACUUUAAGGUUACAAGGCCACCCAAGGGCCAUUCAUCAAUGAAAGCGGAAGCAGGAGAUUCAAAAAAUGCAGACAGUAGAACGUUCGGGUUAAUGGCAGACGCAGUGUCCUCAGCAUUCGGAGGAAUUAAAAAAACAAGCUCGCAAACAUUGUGUUCCACAGAUGUUUUCAACGACUCCGUGCUAAACUGCAAGUUUACAUUUGCAGAGUCGUACGAGGAAAUUAUCUGUUCGAACUUAAAGAGCAUAGCAAUUCUGACAUACUCAAAGAACGUACUAUCGCAUAACUUGAACGUGAACUAUUUGCAAUCCCUAAAUGAAAGGUUAGAAAACGACCAAGUUGUAGAUAUAGUGUGCUUGUCAUCCAACCCACAAGCAAAGUUUAUAACAGGAGGUGAUGUGGGAGGCAUAUGCGCAAUACUAACACUUAAAACAUGCCUGGUCUUCUCAACAAGACCAAGAUUAUCCAUAAUAAUUAACAUUAGCUUAGAUAAACUAAAUAGAAAUGUAACCACUGACUUCAGCCAAACACCCAGCGUAACAUGGAUGAUAUUCAACACUGGAAAAAAGAACAUCAAACCACUCUUAUUGAUUUCGAUGGGGAAUCAAAUCAGAUUCAUUCAAUGUAAUCUUCAGACAGUGAAAGGAGUUCCUAGCAUGAACGUCUCUAAUAUGGGAACAAUACAAUUCAGAAAUCCAAUAAGAUGUAUAAGGAUUGUGACAAGGCUGAUACUUGCAAUAGUAGACUCAACAAAUACAUUACACAUAGUACAAAUUAAUUUAAACACACCUCAAAUGUAUUAUGACAUCAUUAGAUCCUUAGACUUAAGUGAAUUGAGCAAUAAAAUGGAGUUGGGGAUUGAUGUAUUUGAUCCACUGUGGCUACUGCAGCCGAGCAUUCUGUCAACGAUUACAGUGUUUUCGAAGACAGUUAAGAUGGUGGCGAAGGGGUAUAAAAAGUUUUCUAACCUUGUGUCUGACCUAUUUCAGGGAAAGAAACACACCUCGUCAUUUGAGCUAAAAAACUUUAGCAUUCUAAUACUAGUCCCAAAUGGAGCCCUUGGAAUCGAAAUCAACUCGUGGAUAAAGGUAAUAGGGGAACUGUCAGCCUCAAAGAUGUUCUGUGAAGCACUCUCAAUAAUAUACGCUUUGUCAGAGGAGUGGAUACCAGGAUUGUUUGAUUUCAGAGCAUUUAAAAACAACUUGAGUCAGCUAAUUCUUUACAUUCUACACCAGUCGUCAGCCCACAUAAUAAAGUUGUCAAAGUUGGUUAAAGAAACUCAAAAUAUCUCAACUAAUCUACUUAAUUUGGAUUCAGAAGCACCAAAAGAAGAUUAUUGGAAUACAAAGGUCAAGACUGACGUUUAUGACCAGAUUAACACAUUAUGUUGCUCAAUGAUAGAUAUAUGCGUUUCCUCAAGGCUAUACGAACCCUUGAAUGAUUUAAUAUUUAGGUGUUUUGCAACAAUUGACCUUGAACACGUUUUUGUAAAAUACAUACUCUUAAACGUACACAACAACAGAAUUGGGCUGGAGUUCCUCAACUCACAAAUUAUAGAAAGUAUAUGCCAAACAUAUGAAAAUGUCUUGGAUAGCAUGUACGGCCACUUUUUGGAGGAUCACCACUACCUGGAAGAUGAAAUACUAUACCUAAACCAAGUUAUUAAUCCCAACUACACAAUAAAUCUCAAAAGCAAAAAGUACAAAAAUCAUGAAAAUUGUGAUACAGGCAAGUUAGAGGUAUGCAAUUCUAUACAAAAUUUGGUUGAAAACAUAAAUGAUGAUGACUUGGGUCACUUUCUAAAGUUUAAAUUUGACAAUAGGCUCCUAUCGUACCAUAUCAUUUGCAAUAAUCUCUGUAAGAUCCAGUUCUACUGUUUUAAGAACAAUGUUAUAACCGAAACCAACAAGGCAAUCAAUAGACUUAGCAGGCAUUUUUCAUGGCACUGCCUAAUUUACUGUCAGUCAGUAGUUCUGGACGACUACUCCAAUAUCCUAGACAUAAUAAUAACCCAUGCAUAUAACAAGUGUAAUGAACUGAAGACACAAAUAAAUAAUUUUUCAGAAACUAAAAAUGAAUUGGAUGAAAAGAUUGAAAUUACAGAAACAGACGUAGAUGACCCUGCAAAUUGUGAAGAAGAGGGUUCAGUUGAAUUAGAGAGUGUUGUUAAGAGUUUCAAAAAUGAAGAAAAUAAAUUAAAUAACGACAUUCUUGAAUCUGAAGUAACACUACCUUUAAAAGUAUCAGAGAACUUGUUUGUUGUUCAGGUGUUCUUUUUGACACUGGAGUCCUUUCUUACGUUCGAGAAUUGUGGUCUAACUGAGACUAUCGAUACCAGCAGUUACUGUAACAUAAUCUCAUAUCUUACAUCAACUGAAUCAUUUAAGCCAACUUUCCCAAUCGAAUCCAGACCGAUUUAUGCCGCCAACACAUUGGUGUACGAUCCUGUGACAAUAGAGUUCGAUAAAAUAGAAUCACAAAAGUUUGAACAUGACUUUAAAGAAUCAGAAACAUCGGUGAUAUUUAAGCUCCUGACCAUAUCCCCAAGGCUUUUCUUUAUCUGUUUAGAAAAUCUGUUCAACUCCACAGAUAAAUUUGACCAUUACUUUACAGAGAUUGGGACUAAAAUGGCAACAUUCAACUUUAUUCUCAACGUUGUGGUCUCAUGUGUUUACAAGCUAGAAGAGUUGUUUGGAUCAGGAUCUACGGACAUGAUUUUGAAGAUGUUGUCCUUUAUGUUCCUCACAGUGUCCUCGAAUACGGAAGCCUUCUACUUAAAUUUGAACACCACAAUCCUUUCAAUAUAUAAGUUGUUGAAACUGAAGAAUGAGUUUCUGGACUAUAACCCAGAAUUGAAGGAUGAAGUAGAUUACUCCAAGGACCUGAUCGACCAUGAUGGAUACUUUAACAUCACUUAUUUCCAGGAUGUUUUUUACAGAAGUAACCCGGUCUAUGACCAGGAAUGCUUGAUGAUUGUGACUCCAUUAUCAGUUGAAAAGGCUGUAUUUACAUUUCUGAGAAACUUUAUAUAUUCAAUAUCGUCAAAACUAAGUUCAGCAUUUGAUUUGUGGCACAACUUGGAGUUCACACAACUGGUGAGGAUGUGCAGGGAGUUCAUAAGCCUCACUAGCUUCUCACUGAGGUUCUUCUUCUAUCAAAUUACAGGCGACUUCAACGGAAUUAUCAAAGAAUACGACUCACUCAACAGAGAAGAAAACAUCUUUGCAUUUCUAGAUAAAUGCAUCGAGUACAUAAGGUCGAGUCCGCAGGACUUCCCCGAGAAUGUGGAACACCUGCUUCUGUUGGAUUCCACAAUCAGAAAGAACUUCGUAGGAGCGGUAAUGAAGAACCUAACGAUACUCAUAAAACUGGACUUGAACAAAGUGACUAACCUGCUUAUACAGAUAUUCUCGCUUAUGGACAUCAUCAAAACACUCGACACCACACUGGAAACAUCGCCUGAAACCAUAUUAAAUACACUGGAAAAACUCCCUGACCUUCAACUACUAGUCCUGGAUGCACUCCUAAAGUCUAAGUCAACUACCAGAAACAUGCUUCAAUUCCCAAAUUCAUACUUUAAUCGUUACCUUAACCUUCUCAGCAUACACGACAAGACCAACGUGUCGAAUUUCCUCAAGAGACAGAAAAGUCUGAAUAUUACAUACUGCCUGAAGAUUUGUAAACAGAAUAACAUUGAUGACGCAGUGAUUUAUCUACUUCUAAGAGCUGGGAACCUUGAGGCUGCGGUUGGUCUGCUGGUUCAAUCAUUCUCUAACAAUAUUGGGAAAGACUUGGCAGUAUGUUCAACUCUUAUUAAGACGGCCCAAAGCAUAUGCCAGGAAUAUGAAAACCAGCUCUCUUAUGAAAUUAUAGAGAGAAUGUGGUUCACAAUGCUGGAAUCCUUGAUUCAAUUCCUAAAAUCUGAUGCACUCAAGAACGGAGUUGAAUCAAAAGAGGAAUUAGAGGAAUAUGGUGUUGCAACUGACAGGUUUGAAAAUGAACUGAGCGAUUUGAGCAAGGUGGACGAAUUGAAAAGGUUGGUUGAGGAGAUAUUCUCAGUGGGAGUUUUAAAGUAUGUAAAGUUUCCAAAUGCUCUGAGGGAGAUUACCAAGUACGACACAACCCUCCAAAUAUUCAAGAAACCACUCCACAACUUAUUGUCAGACUUUCAACUUCAGACUUAUAUAGCAAACAGCGCCUCAACGAUGUCCAAAACAAUAAUGAACAAAGAGUUUCGAUCUACACAGGUUUUUAACAGCAAAGGAGUAUUUAUAAACACGAUCGGUCGAGGUGCUAAGAUUAACCGAAAUUUGGUAUGUCAUGUUUGUAAUAAAAACCUUAUUUUCAACUUGAGUCAUGAACCUGAAAUAAUGUACAAACACGACAAGCAUAGAGGUCAGAAACCAUUUUUUUACGAAGAUUUUAAGAUUUCAAACCUUGAGGAACAAAUUGGAUUAAUAUCCCAGGUCCCCAUUCAGGGCAUUAAGACUAAUGUUCCCUGUUCCACAGAAAACAAUUCUAACAACAAAGUAUACAACGAUAGGCUUAGUAACUUAAUCAGCAAAAAGACUAAAGGUUCCAAAUCUUUCAGCUCGUCAAAUACUUUUGGUCAAUAUCCUUCCCUUAUUCAGUCGAUUUCUAGGGACUUGUCAUAUUUCAGAAAAGAUCCCAUUAUAGUUUUUUGGUGUAACCAUUCGUUUCAUGAGAGAUGCGCCCCUAUUUCAUGUCCUAUUUGUAACAUAGAUGAGUAA